AUUUUUACAAUGGUCUCUAUCAGUGGUAUGUUGUAGUUUACUGUUUGUAUCUAGAUAAGCAGCUGACAUGUCUUCUAAACCUACGUGUUUAAUUGUGACCAGCGCAACGGCUCAAGGAGUGUCUGCUCGGUCGUUCCAUCAAGCCUUCUGUCUAUGCAGUUCAGUAUUCAACCUGCAGACAGCCACGCCUGGGGGGAAACCUAUAGAUUUUGUCGGGGUGGAUGAGAGCACUGUUCGAUGGAUCCAAGAUUUUAGCCUCAAGUCUUUCGCCACACCAGCCAAGUUAGAGUCCAUAGAUGGAGCGCGGUACCAAGCUCUCCUGAUUCCAGACUGUCCCGGAGCGCUGACGGACCUGGCUCACAGUGGUUCUCUGGCACGCAUCCUCACACACUUCACCUCAGAACAGAAGCCUAUAUGUGCUGUGGGCCAGGGUGUGUCUGGUCUCUGUUCCGCCAUAGAAGAGGGUCAGAAGUGGAUUUUCACCGGCUACAGCCUCACCGGGCCAUCUGUGUUCGAGCUGGUGAGGAGCCCAGACUUCGCCAACCUGCCCCUGAUUGUGGAGGACUUUGUGAAGGACAGUGGGGGCUCAUACACAGCGAGUCAAGAAGACGCAGUCCACGUGGUGAUCGACAGACACCUGGUCACCGGUCAGAACAGUCAGUCCACGUCAGUCGCCGUCAGUAACCUCAUCCUGCUCUGUAACGGAAAGUGAAGACUGGCUCUAGAGAUUAGAAUCCUCAGAAGUUGAAGAGUAUUGACUUAACUAGUCAUGUAAUGCAUUUUUGUUGUGCCAGGCUGUGUAAUUAUAAUGGAAUUUAAUCAAUUAAAAAAAAAAGCCUAAUAACCAUUUCAAAUAUUUGCUCUUGAAAAGUACAGAAAAGAAAACAAAUUGGCAUUUUAUUGUAGGAUAUUGAACUGGAAUUGAUGGCAACCCUGCUGUAUGCAAUGUGUUUCUGGUUGUCUUAGAUACCCCAAAAACAUCAAUUUAUUCAUUUCACUCACUGUGAGGUACAACAGUUUGUAUUGUCAAUUAUAUUUUUUACAUAAAAUAAUGAACAAUGA